AUGCCCUGUUACGCAGAUACGAUCAUAAAAAUUAAACAUGCCAAACAUAAUGAAAAAGAAGACGCGAAAGUACCUUCGGUAUGGGCUCUUGGAACAUACCCACCAGGUUGUAAUGAUAAAGAAAUUGAAGUGACUCUAUUUUUGCCAAUCAAUCAAGAUGAACGAGACCCAGAAUCACAGGCAAUUUUUAAAAGAGAUGAAUACUAUUCAGUUGGAGGAAAAAUC